AUGUUUAUGUAAUUUAUAUAAAUAUUUCAUUUUUAAUUUUCUUGUCAUAAAUUUUUGUCUUUUACUUUUUUUUUUAAACUCUUAUUAGAACUGAAUCCAGCAAUGUAUCAGAUUUUGUUGAGCUUGCUCAAUUGGCUGGUGUCAAAAUUGCACCCAAUGUUGUGAGGUAUGUAGUAAUUUAUUUAUCAUUUUCAAUAUUAUUAUAUAUUAUUAUAUAAUUAUUGUAAUCUUGUGCAUUUUAAGAUGUUUUUGAUUAUAAUAUCUCAUUCUCUUCUUUAUUAAUUUCAAAUUGGAGAGUUAACCCUUGUAACCCAUACUUUAAAUAUGUACUCAUUCAAUACUAUUAUUUGUCAAUGUAAAACUUUUAAUUAUGUGAAAUGUUUUUGUUUCCAGUGCAUUGCUAGAAUUAUUAGAUUUAGGAUAUUCUCCAUCAUCCAUUAGAAAAGUAUGCCGUGAAGUUGCCAAGUAUAAAAGUCGUCAUGAAAAGUCUGGUACUACAAUGAAUAGUACGAGUUAA